AUGCAUGCGCAGAGCAACAUAUGGCAUACGCUGUAUGUUCUCCUGACACCAUAUGUCUUGCAAGGUGCAAUGCGGCUAUGCUCUGCGCAGAAAUUCACUGGGCUACUGCACUCCACUGUUCUUCAAGCGCACACAGUCCCUAUCACAAUAGCCAUGCUGCAUUUCAUCAUCCUUGCAGCAUACACUUUGGCAAGCUUGGGCAUAUCCAACGUCGUUCUUGGUGUGAAAACGUCAGCAUCUUCGAGCUCAACUCAUCAAAACUCCCUUCUGCAUUCAGCUCCAGCCGCGGAACAUAAGCUGCACGAUGGAUCGCAAUACAAAUUGCCGUUAUCUAUCCUUCCCAUGACGUACAAGUCUGCGUGUAUGUGCUAUAACGCCUCUCUAUCACUCGUGAAGGCACAGUCUUUGCGUAUCAACAACGAUGAGGGCAGCAAUACAGAGAGCUCAACUGCAUCUGCAGCCGCAAAUCAAGACUGCCCCACCUUUUGCACCAAACAGACCAAUGGAUUCGCAGCACACCUUGUUCUCGACUAUUAUACGUACUCUGGCAACCAAGCUUGCAUAAGGAGUAAUCAUUUUCGAACUAUGCACAAAUCUUACAACGAUCAUCCUGAAGGUCUGUUUUGCACGGCUCCAGAUUGCCCUUACGUCGGCUUAGGACAUACGUGCAUUUGCGAAAUGGUCAUUGGGUUUGAUUCGAUUACCAUGCCCAUGAAAAAGGUCAAAGGAGGUAAACGUUACCAGAUUCAUCCAGCGGCUCCCCAAACCGAUUUGGAUCAUUUCAAAAUCAAAGCAGACACCUUAAAGUGCAGUAUCGAGGAGAUCAAAAAAAAGUUUGAAAGAUUCGGCUGGCAGGUGAAGGAGCAUAAAGUGCUUGAAGUCAUGAUCCCCUGCGCGAAAGAAGUUGUUCUCCCUGAAGGCUGUCUUUGCACAAAAGAGGACAUCAGGAACAACAAACUAGAAUGUCCAAAACACCCUUUGGAAGCUUAUCCAACGUGCCAGGUUUCGAGUUCCGCUCUGAGGGGUGUCACAAAUCGUGUUGUAUCCGAGCAUAUUGAUCAAGAAUGGAUUUCCCAACAGUGGCGCCUGGGCAAUUCGGAAAACUUGCAAAAUCUUUUCAAUUCUUGGCAAGUUCAUUGCAAUACUGACCCUGAGUGGCCUGAUGCAUAUGAGCCUGAAGAAAUGCAAGGAUAUGGGUGCCCCAUUUGA